AUGGCUUCCAAGGCUUCAACAACGACUGUUUUUCUUUUUUACCUCAACAUUCUUUUCUUUAGCUCUCAAGCUCUAACUUCGGUUCCCGCUCCACUUCCAAGUUUAUGCCCUGGCCUAGAAGUCUGCUUUGCAGUGCUUCCUAAGGUAAGCAGCAGAUGCUGCGCCUUCAUUGCUGGUAGUAGUCUCUUUGAUCUUGAUGCUGCAGUUUGCAUUUGUAGUACAGCUCUCAAAAUCCGGAGCAUCGGAAGCCCUACCUGUAUGGUUGGACUUAUACUCAACGGUUGUGGUAGGAAAGUGCCCCGAGGUUUCGCAUGCCAGUGA